AAAUUUGCUAGCAAAUAUUACUGUCACACAAAUGGAAAUUGAAAUAUCUAUUGUGUAAUUUUGAUGGGUUAUAUGUGGUCUUGAUCGAAUCUAAUGUGGUUUAUUUUUCCAAACAUGCUGAGAGUAGCAAACGACAGAUUCUAUUCUGAAAUAUAGAACACAGCAUAGACAGUGACUAAAUAAUUUCCCCAUGAAUCAGAGCACAUGCCAGCUUAGCUUCAUAUACAGGAUUGAGUGUGCGCUGUAGAUAUUGAUCUUUGCGGUAAACCCUUUGCCAUGUUUUGCUCAAGUAUGCACCUUUACCUCGAUAUCCUUCUCCUAACUGGGCCAGUUCUUCAGCGCCAGAUGGCUGUGGUUUUCAAAUGUACAUAAACCGUCACACUUAUGAUUAUCAUUUAUAUUAAGUGGCAGCAUACAGACAAACGUGCCGGGGGCCACGACACUUUAAACAGUGCCAGAGUAGUCGUGGAGUACAAUCAGAUAUAUGCCGGAAAAUAAGAUCUGACUCUUAACCUAGCCUUGCUCCUAGGACGAGAUUUUCAUGCUUGAUAGCACAGAGCCAAAUCAAACAGUCAGUAUAGUUUGCAUCACUCACAUUCGCACUCUGAGAUUAGAGGAGUGGGGCUGGGUCUCUGGGGGGUUGCUCAAGAAAGCCUCUUGCCAGUGUAGUUCACAUAUACUUCACCAGAUUCCUGCAGAGAGAGGACCUUCUGCUGUUGCUCUGUGUGAUCUACCCGCUUUGCUCAAUUGCCUAAAAAUGACCAAUCCAGCUCCUUCGGUGAGUUCUUUUGUGACAUCAAGCGAAAGCACCACCAACAAAAGCUGUGAUGUGUUCAUCUACAAGGAGGCAGCUCGGGUCCUCUUCCCUAUCUUUUACACCAUUGUGUUGGUCAUUAGCAUCUUGGGCAACAGCCUCGUCCUGUAUAUCACCUGGCAGAGGAAGCAGAAGUUAAACUCCACCUCGCUGUACCUGAUCAACCUGGCUGUCUCAGACGCCCUCUUCACCCUUGCCCUUCCGGGUAGGAUCACGUACUAUGUCCGUGGUUUUGACUGGCCCUUUGGAGACCUCCUCUGUGGCUUGACCGCCAUCAUGUUCUACUCAAACACCUACAGUGCCAUCGCUUUCAUGACCUGCAUCAGCGUAGACCGCUACCUGGCCAUGGUGCACCCGCACAAGUGCCAAAGCCUGAGGAACACGCGGGUGGUGCGUGGCGUCUGCGCCCUCAUCUGGGUGGUUGUCAUCUUGGAGACAUCCCCUUUGCUCUUCAGAAGCCUGGUGAAAGAGUUCGAUGGCCAGCGCACAUGUAUGGAGUACUCAAACUUGGUUGACUCUCCCAAGAUGUCAUAUGUGCUUCUGUUUGCCUGCAUUAUUGGGUUCUGUGCACCAUUGGGUCUCAUCCUGUGCUGCUACAGCCAGAUCAGCUGCAAGCUUUCCAGGAUGGCUAAGGACAACCCCAUGACCUGCAGGUCAGGAAAGAGCAACAGAGCCAAGAACAUGAUCUUACUCAUCCUGCUGAGUUUCGUGGUGUGCUUCGGACCCUAUCACAUCAACAUCAUGCAAUUCAUGGUGCGCAGGCUUCUCCACGAGCCUUCUUGUGAGGAGAAGAAAGCCUUCAAGAUGUCUUUGCAGGUCACGGUGUCCAUGAUGAACUUUAACUGCUGCUUGGAUCCUGUCAUCUACUUUUUCGCCAUUAAGACAUACAAGCAAAGGGUGAUGAGCCUCUUCAUGGGUUACAUGCCUACGCUGCUCUCCUCUAGGAGCAUGCCUGAGAACAGCAGCAGUAACACUUGAGAGCCAGCCUGCUUUGGCAAUGCCAUAUUUCAGAUCCAGCAACCUGUAUUGGAAUGCUUGGAUCCUUAAAGAGAGGCUGAAGCAGAAGAUUUUUUCAUGAUUUUAGCUCAGACAAAUCGCUAUUGUUUGAUAGAUGGCUCUUGGCUUAGUCCAAUUUAACAUGUAUACUGUCAAUGUGCAUCUAUUUUAUGCAUUUUUCCAUAUUCUUUGAAAUAUUUUUGCAAUAAUUCAGUAAUUAAAUCCAGGAUUUUUUUAUAAUUAGCUGUUCCUUCUGCAUUUUGUAAGGACUUGCAUAUUUCACCAAGAACCUAUAAAAAAGGGGCUGGUGUUGAGAGAAAUGAGCUGAUCAAACGACGCAUAACCUUCACUUGCAGUGAUUCAGUUCAGGUGUUAAGCAAUGUCUGAUAAACUAGAGUUUUGUCAGAUUUACACCUUAAAACUUCAAAAAUGUGGAUUCCAGGGUAUUUUAUGAGCACCACAGUUCACAAUACUGUUUAGUUAAUACAACAGUUUGUAGAUUCUCUGAUCCUCAUAAUCCUAACUACAUAAUGUACAUAGAAAGUCCUCUGAAGUCCUCUAUUAAAACUUUUUCACAAGCUGUCACUAGGCAAACAUUACUGAGAGUGGCAGACAUUGCUGAAUACACCAUGUAUAAAUGAUUUGGCAUUCACUGAAGAAGAAGCAACAAAAAAUACUUUUUA